CGGGAUGAUACAUAGUUUAGUCUAUGGCGCGGGGGUGGUUAGAUGUGGGAGUUUAUAUAUCCCAGGUAGGAAGUAUGAUGUGGAAUCAACGCUGCAUACUGCAAUGAGCUUAUUUUCCUGAAGAUCAUUAUUGGAAUUUAUCCGCAUGCUUGAGUAUAAAACAACACGUUGACUAUCUCAUAGGAUACUUCGUCUCAUCUACCUUGCCCCUUUUUAAACGCCUUCUCAUCAUCUAGUUGCGCAACAAUACUGGGUAUAAACAACGCCAGAAAUAUGCCUUCUUAUUCAAGCAUUAAUCUCCACCCAUCCACCCAUCCCAUCUCAUCCUUGAAAACUCACACUUUCGACGUGAUAUGCAUUGGCUCUGGAUGGGCAGGUCGCGUCACAGCCGCUCGAGUUGUCAAAACUGGCCUCACUGCGCUCAUCAUUGAGCAAGAGCUAGUAGGCGGCGAUUGUCCUUUCUGGGCCUGUGUACCCAGCAAAGCCAUUCUCCGUCCCAAUGAAGCUCUUGAAGCAGCCCGUGCAGUAACUGGCGUGGGAGAGAAAGUGGCUGAGGGAGGCGUGGUGGUGGAAAGUGUCUGGAAAAGGAGAGAUGACUUUACCGGCAUGUUCGAUGAUACAAAGCUUUUGGUACCGAUGGUAGAGAACAGUGGAGUUACUUUGGUGAGAGGAAAGGGAAAGCUUGUGGGUGUUAAGAAGGUUAGUGUAGUGGCUUUGGAUGGAAGUGAGGUGGAAUUGGAGGCGAGAGUUGCUGUUGCUAUUUGCACGGGGAGCGAGCCCGCUAUUCCUGAUCCUUUGAAAGCUGUCAAUCCAUGGACACCGAGGGAAGCAACCUCGAGCAGCACGGUCCCCGAACAUCUGGUUAUCGUAGGCGCUGGUGCUGUUGGGACGGAGAUGGCUACGGCGUAUAGUAGCUUUGGGUCCAAAGUCACCCUGAUCUCAUCCACCAAGGAGAUCCUCCCCAAGAUUGACGAAGAGGGAGCAAAGCUUGUGCGCGAGAGUUUAACAUCCAAAGGAGUCAAUGUUAUUUUGGCAACAAAAGUUACAGAUGCUGCUCGCGAAGCAGACAACAGCGUCAAGGUUACUCUUUCGAACGGUUCCACUUUCUCUGCCAAUGAGAUUCUUGUUGCAGCAGGACGACGAGCUCAAACCGCCAACAUAGGCCUCGAGUCAUUCGGUCUCAAAGGAGACGGCUCAUUCCUUCCCGUCGAAGAAUCUCUACGUGUUACUUCUGUCCCAGGAAAAUGGCUGUAUGCUGGUGGCGACGUGAACGGCCGAGCACCACUGACGCAUUCAAGCAAAUACCAUGGCCGCAUCAUAUCCAACGCCAUCAGUGCAGAUUUCAACAAUUCCCCAACCAGCACUACGGAAUGGAGCCGCGUGACAGCCACAGCAGAUCGGCUUGCCACUCCAGCCGUCAUAUUUACUGAUCCUGCUGUUGCAUCUGUUGGACUCACCCGGAAAGCAGCCCAAAAGGCGGGGAUCAAGUUCAAGGAAAUCAAUGCCCCAGUUGCGACACUUGGAGCCAUGUUGCAUGCGGAGGGUUAUGCAGCAGGAUGGGCUCAGUGGAUUGUUGAUCAGCAGUCGAACAAGUUACUUGGGGCUACUUUCGUGGGUAAAGAGGUGGCGGAUUUGUUGCAUGCUUCGACAGUGGCGGUGGUAGGAGGCAUGACGCUCGAGCAGCUCUCGCAUGCAAUUCCGUCAUUUCCCACGACGAGCGAGGUUUAUUUGGAUCUCUUGGAUGCUGCUGGGUUGUAGAAGGAACAAUCUCGAAGUUUGGUAAUAGGUAAUUCAGUAUGGGAAUGUUUUCAUGCCAUUUUCCAUUUCCGUCUUUGGACCUGAGCUGUUGCUGCUUUAGCCUUAGCUACGGGUGAGCAAGCUUAAACCGAGGGUGAGAAUUCCUGAGUACCGCCCGAGCACACGCU